AAUUUAUGGUGUGUAUAUAGUCGAUGGAAUCCUAAAGAAUAUUUCAGCGAGUGCAAAAAUAAUAAAUACAAAUACAAAUACAAAUAAAAUAAUAACCGCCAAGUGAGAAAGAUUUUUUUUUUUUGCGAAAACUGAACCUGUUCCAGCGUCUGGAUCCGGCGAUUGAGUUCGUUUGAUUGACGGCCAGAACGCUGCGCGUCAUGUUGUUGCUGCCAACGGAAAUGUGUCCAGCAGCAACAACAACAACAACUACAGACAACACUGAAAUUGCCCAACGAAAAAGUAAUUUGCGAAAAUCAUAAAAAAGUAGCGUAUAUGUAUAUAUAUAACUCCCGGCUGUAUAAAGUGAAUAUAUAUACAACCAGAUCUUAAGUGGAACACACACACAAAGGCCAAGCUGAAAGUCUUUUGGUUCACACCAAAUAAAAAACAAAAAAAAAAAUACAAAAUAGUUACAUAUUAAGCCAAGAAAACUUGGACCCGGCAGCAACACCCAGAACAACAAUUAUAAAUACAACUGGAGCAACAACAAUAACAACCAACAACAACCACAAGUGUCGUCGUCGUCGCAGGUUUCUUAUGCGCAAAAACCAUUCUGUGAUAUCUCAAGACCCAAAGAUGGCAUCCUUAACCUUGCAUUGGAUAGUUAUAGCUCUGCUAGCGGUGACGUCGCUGACGACGGCAGCGACGCCUGCGCCCACAACGGCAACGACAACAGCAACAACAACAGCAGCGACUGCGACACGGCAGCGUAGCGGCAGAGGACAAGGACAGUUACAGUUACAGUUACAGUUACAAGGACCGCGUCAGGGUCAGGGACAAGGUCAGGGUCAGGGUCACGCACUGGGCCUGGGCCUGGGAGGAGUGGCAUCAACGACAAGCACUGAGGCGCCAACGCUGCGGGCGCCACGCCAGCGUCGACCCCCGACGACGCAGUCGAUCGACAUAAUAGUAAGCUCAGUUCGCAGUCGCGGUCGCAGCAGCGCUCGCAGCAACAGCAACAGCGGCAGCAGCAGCACAACGCCGCUGCCCGUGACUACUGUUAGGCAGUGGCAGCGGCGACGCAGCAGCACCAGCAGUACAGCAAAAACACCAACAACAACAGCAGCAGCUGCUGAGGCAGCUGGUCGAUCCUCCAGGGAUCGGGGGAGUGUGCGAGGACUGCGCCAACCUCGGGAUACGCCGCUCCUGGACAGCGAGACCAGUGCCAGCAGCAGCAUCCGUCGCAGCUGGCAGGCACUGCCGUCGUACAGUUCCAGCUCCAACUUCAGCGUUCCCGCGGAUAAUACCAGCACCAGUGCCAGUGCCACUUCCAGUUCCAGCAUCAAUCGUGGCGCACUAAAAACGCCGCGCAUGAUCCAGCGACUGGUGGCUGGCCACAUUCACAAUGCCCAGGGCCACUCCACUUACGAGGUGUCAGCGGUGAGCGCCAACAGCUCCUCCUCCAGCUUUGUGCCCACCCCGACAAGCAGGACUACAACCACAACUCCAGACACAACCACAACCAGGACGACGACAACGACUACGGCGAGAGUGACUUCCCUGAGGGGCAAGGCGAGCAGCAGUUACAGACUGGCCAAGCCAUCGGUCAGGCCAAGACCGACCACGCCAGCAGCUGUUACGAGAUUCAGCCAUCCUCCAAGCACUUCCAGAUCCACAACCCCACUUCCCCCUGUUCCGUCUCCGGCAUCACCUUCUCCCGCAUCCAACGUCCCGUUAAGCUUCAGGGAGCAGGACGACGACGACGACGAGGCUCUGCUUAACGAACCCGACGACUUCGAUAACUGGGACAACGGCAUCCUGCGGCUGAGUGCUGGCUCUGGCAAGGAAGCGGAGGCUCCGGCCAAGAAGCCUCCCAAGGACGAGGCCAAGAAGACCCUGGCCGACCAAGUGAGGGAUGGAAAGUAUGGACUGAUCGAGAAGGAGCUGUUCCGGCGAGUGCCCAAGCGACCGGGAGUGCUGAGCUACGCUCGGAACUCCGAGGUGCCGCUGGACAACGAGCGCAACUACGGCGGCCUGAACGAGGAGGACAUCUGGCUGGCCGAGGAUCAUCUGCUGGUGAUCAAGGGCGGAGCGCUGAACGAGGAGGUGGAGGACAACCAGCAGGGUCCUUGGCCUGCCAUCGAUGACUACGAUGCGCCUGGGCGGCAGAUCAAGCUGCCGGACAAUCCGGCGGUGCCGCCUCCAUUUCCCGUGCAGCUCGAGCCGCACGGGCCGCUGCAGCUUAUCCGAGAUAAUCAACUCGAGGUCCUCCGUCCGGCGCCUGGCAAUGCAACGCUAUCCGCUGAGGCCGGCCACCACCAGGGCUACGCGGGCCCCGCCGCCGAAAAUCUCUCAUCGCAUCCUGCUGCCCGGACGGGAGCGCAAUCUCCGGCUGCAGCACCUGAGCCAGCUCGUCCGAAAGCCCCGGCCUACGUCUAUCCGGCGCCCUACGCCCCCUGGCUGCUCUACUCCAACGAUACGGGGCCGUCCAGGAGUCUGCUGAGGACCCCGCCGCUCCUGGGUCCCUGGUUGAUCAACGGGCUGAAUGGGAAUGGGUCACUCACAGGAGAUUCCCCGGGAAUACCCGGCAAUGUCAGCGAUUUCGACGAGGAUGACCCCUCGCUGUACUAUCCGCCGGCGUACAGUUUCGUCUACAAGAGCAACUACUCGAACCCAGUGCCGCCGGGACCUCUGGUUCCGGGAAUAGUCCUUCCCCCGCCACCAGAUCACUUCAGCCGACUGGAGACCACCCGGCGUCCACCGGCCUCAGGCAGUACCACCUUGACUAGUAGCACCACCAGCACUACAACCACCACCUCGACAACCACGGCCAGGCCUUCGGUGCCAUUGCCCACCAUUAGGACCUCCUACAAGCCCAAGUACAACGCCAUCACCUACCUGCCGCCGGCGCCCAGACAGAGUCCACCACCGACCAGCUAUGUGGAGCGAGUGCCAGUGCCCGUGGCCGUGCCCAUACCCAUCUACCCGGUCAACUAUACGCCCCGGCCGCAGCUUCUGUUCGUGCCCAGCUCCACGGAGAGCACGCUCCAGGACACGCCGCUAGACCCGCCGCUCUCGAAGUCGAAUCCCAUAUACUACGAGUACUUUGAGGCCAAGCGGCAGCCGGGCUCGAUCAAGUCCAAUGUCAUUGACGACUUUUUGGCCACCAAGCCACCAAAGCGCCACCAUCACCACCAUCAGCGGGAGCACCUGCAGCACUACAAGGCUUCGCCAAGUCCUUCUAAUGACGUGGCCGACGUGGUCAACAUUACGCCCAAGCCGAGGACCGCCCAGCUGCAGCUGCACGCAGAGUACGAGGCCUCGCUGGGACAGCUCCUGCGGAGCAAUCUAGUUUCGCCGCCGGCUGGAAGCGGUUCUGGGAGAUUCCAGGCACCCGACUUUGACAAACAGCCCUUUCUGCCCAUGGUGAACUACAGUGCUGACGAGCAGGACCAGAAUGCCUUCAAGGCCAUUGUCUACCAGCCACCUGGUCAGAGGCAGCGCCACCUAAGGGUGGGCAAGCAGCAGCUGCAGCUGGAGCCCAGCCUGGAUGCCUCGCCGCCGGAUUCCUAUCUGCCCGGACGGCACUUCCGAGUGGGCAAGCAGCAGCAACAGCAGCAGCAAGUCUUCGAGCCGCAGAUUUACAGCACCCCUGGACCGCAGUUUCCGGAGGAUCCCCAGCUCCGUCCACCGGCUCCGCUCCAAGGGAAUCCCUUGCAGUUCUGGCAGCGACCAGCGCCGCAGUUUAAGCGCGUGCGGCCCAGCAGCAAACAGGGACAUCCACAUGGGCCUCCGCUCCCGCUGUCCCCCCAGUACCCGCAGUACUAUGCUCAUGGCUAUCCAAGUGGUCCGGCCGCGGAGCCCCUCUACCGACUGGUGCCCGUGGCCCAGCACAAGCACUGGCGGAGCGGAAAGCCGCAUCAGGUGCAAUCGCAGCCCAUCCAGGUGCAGCCCCAGAACCAGGGAUAUCCCGACCGGAGCGUAAACUACGGCCACAGUCUGGCCAGUGACAUCCUGGUCAACUACAACACGAACAACCAGUUCAAUCCGCAGGCGGAGCUGGUGCCCCAGGCCCAGUUGGCGGCACCACCACCUCCACUGUCAUACCAGGCCCAGAGUGGCCAGCCUUUGUGGUCGGAAAGGGAGCGGGAACGGGAGCGAGAUCGAGAUAGGGAUCGGCCAGUGCGGCAUUCCCGGGAGCAGCAUCAGUAGGGAGUACCUAUCAUAGACGGGGGAUCAAAGUGUGAGGUAAUAUUAUCCCAGAGAGUAAGUGAGGGCAGAUCCUGCCCGAAAUGGAAACCAACACAGAUAUAAUCCCCAAAAGGGUGUACUUUAGAUCAGUGGUCCGAACAAUAACAUUACAGCACUACAAUACAUCAUAAUAUUUACACCAUAACACGAUAACACCGAUUCACCAAUUCACCAAUUACACCAAUACUUUACAUUACAUUGCAUCAUUACAUUACAUCAUUACACUGUACCAUUACAGUACACCAAUAUACAUUACACUUAUAUACUACAUUAAAAUAUUACAAUACACCAUUACACAUCAACAUUACAAUACACCAUAAUAUUACAGAAAGUGACCAAAGUGAUUGGGAAUGUUACUAUCAUUUUCUGCAACACAACACGAACCACUGUUUUAAAUAAUCAUUUUGGUAGUAAUUCAAAAAAAAAUUUUCAAAGUUAUGGUCAGGAUCAAGAAUUCCUUUGAAAAUGUAAUAAAAAAUUGUUCUUAGGCUAAAAGUUCGCCCUACGAAUUGUCAUUUUGUUGGUGUUUUGUGCACACAAUCGACCCAAUAGAAUCUUUAUAUAAUAACAAUAAUCGUUAUCACAACCAUCAUCAUGAUAAUGGUGGUUUCUAUGUCAUUGAUAAACGUAGUGUCAACAUGUGAUUUAUAGGGAGCCCAAUCCGCUAUCGAUGCAAAAUGGAAAUCUGUCAACUUUUCGCCAGAUAAUGGUUUCCCCUUUGACAGGGUCUCGUAUAUUGUGGUCUGGAUAUAAUCGAAAUUUUUAUGUAAUAACCAUUUUAUAUUAAAUAUAGUUUUUAUCUCCUAUGUAUAUUCAGUUUUCACUUUUUUGACUUGUUCUAUUUCCAGUAUUUAAUUAGUUAGGUUACUUUUUAUUUCCUUUUCUUAGCUGGGAGUUUUAUUUUUUGCCUGAAAGCAAAAUCAAUUAAAAAUCCUAUAUUUCCAGGAUUUCAUCGAUACCUAUUCAAUUUUGACUCUGGUUUUAUAUUCGAGUUUAUUUUGAGUUUUACUUUGAACAAUUACAAUUAGUUACAUUACGUAUAGCUGGUCAUGUAGGAUAAACCCCGAUUUGAUCCUGUUGCCCAUCCUCUCGUUUGCUAUCGAUAGCGGACUUCGAUAACACGAUAUCGAUAAAGACAAUUGAUAACGGGAUAUCGCCUAUUGCUGACUUCGUAGCAACACACAAACACACAUAUUUAUACCAUAAAUAAAUACGUACAUAAACAGAUAUACUCUCAAACCUAUGUAAAUAAAUAUAGAGUGUGCGCCAGAUAAUUCAGAUAUACGUAGUUAUUCGAGCGAUACACUUAGUCUUAGGGGCAAUAAAAAAUAUAUAUAUAUAUUUACAUAUACAUAUACAUAUAUACGUUAACGAUAUCUGUAGGAUAUUAUUUGAAAAUCCUUCGCGUAGAUAUAUCCUGCACAUACCAUGUAUUAUUUUUUUCUAUUUAUUGUAAUUCGUUUUUGAAUGUUUUCCAAAAUCAUUGCAAAACUUUGUAUAAAAGCCAUAACAACUAAGGUCACUAUAAGUUAAAAUACCGAUAUGCAACUAAUAAAAAAACUAUGCAUGUACGUUUUACAUACGAAUAAUAGCUAUAUUUAAUCGGAUUAAAUGUAUUCUAUUUUUUUUUUGUAAUUGUAAUCGUUGAAAAAUAAAUUUUUUAGAAGCAAAUUCUUAUUGUUCAAAUAAGACAAUGAAGCAAAAUGUAAAAAUAUGUAAUUAUAUGGGACCAAUAAUAUCAAUAUAUUCGAUUUUCGCGC